UUGACUUCUUUCAGCUCCAGUAAUGCAAACGCGGCAUGAAUUGAAGUGACUGAUGUGCGGAAAUCUGGCCAGCGAAUCUGAAUUCGUUCGGAAAACGGGAAGGAACUUCCUUUAUGUGAUCGUUCAGAUCCAUAGUGUAUCAUGAUCUCGUGGCGCGUGAGGAGGUAUUUUAUCCCGAUUGUGAUCAUCGCUGUCGUGGGCUGCUUUCUUUUCUUCGUCACCGUCUCAGAAUCUGAUCGUUCCAUGGAGACGGAGUUGAUGUACAAGGUGGCCGAAUUGCAGAAUAGGCUGAGCCACGCGGAAAUGGUAAACCGCGAGCGAAAGGAAGACGUGCUUGACCUUUCGGAGAAGAUCCAGCGGCUCAGGUCGGGUCGUCCGGCGGGAGAACGGAAGCAAAAGUUCGGCAACGACAAAUUGGACGAAGAAGAACAUCGGAUUGGGAGAGGUGCGUUGUCGUCCGGAACUAUUGAAGAAUCGGCCAUUUCAACAUCUGUCCUUCAAUCGAAUGACGUGUCCAUGCCCAGUUUCUACCAUUAUUUGCCACAUCUGCUCAAUUUUCCUGGAGCUUUGACACCUGCUUUCAAACUGGGAAAAGAUCGAUCGCAAGUUUCUGUUGUUCUUGGAGUACCGACUGUGAAGAGACAAGUUCAGAGUUACCUGCUCAACACUUUGGAGAACCUCAUUGAAAACAUGGACAAGAACGAACGUGAUGACACGCUCAUUGUCGUCUUCGCUGCUGAGAGUAACAGAUCAUUCGUCGAAGGAGUCGCAAAGAAUAUACAGGGACGUUUUUCGGAACAUCUUGCUUCCGGGCUCAUUGAAGUCAUUGCCCCGUCACCUCACUUCUAUCCGAACUUAUCUGCACUUCCUGCGACACUUGGUGAUACACCUGAGAGGACGAGAUGGAGAACAAAGCAAAACCUGGACUUUGCUUAUCUGAUGAUGUAUUGUUUGCAUCGUGGCACGUAUUACGUGCAAUUGGAGGAUGACAUUUUGUCGAAACCGUCGUUCAUUACUACGAUGAAAGCCUACGCAGCGAAGAAGACGGUGGAAAAGGUGCCUUGGAUUAUUUUGGACUUCUGUCAGCUUGGAUUCAUCGCCAAGCUGGUCGGACCGAAAGGUUGCAAGAAGAACAAGGAGGAAGUCUGGCUUCUUCACAAGCCUUCGUUGUUCCAGCAUGUCGGAACUCAUUCGUCUCUUGCCGGAAAGGUGCAGAACUUGAAAGAUAAGGGAUUCGGAAAGGUUGAGUUGCAUAAACCGCACAAGAAUCCGCCUGCGACGGUUAAUUCGGACUUGAAAGAAUAUCACAAUAAGAAUAUCACAAUUACAAGCUUCAGAGAGCGUAUCUGGGCGAAACAUACUUUUGGGGUCUUCUUCCGCAGCCUGGUGAUGCUCUCACUUUCACCUUCACUCCGCCGUUGCGAAUACAAAAAAGUCAUCCUUGCAGCUUUGUGCUCUUUACGCACAAGGUAUGUUUUGAGAAGUGGGAACAACGAGCAUCCACUUGAUCGGUUCUACAAUACCACCGUGGAAGUUCUUCCCGUCGGUGUGCCAGAAAAUGUUUCAAGUGUCUUUCCCAAGCUUUCGGAUGGGUUCUUGGUUACUGCCCAGCUUCCUGCGUUGAUCCACUUCUUACUCAUGUUCUACGCCGAUAAGCCGUCUGACUGGCUUUUGGACAACAUGAUACAGACGAAAGUUUGUCGGUUCGACCAGCCGCCGAAAGGUUGCAAGAAGAACAAGGAGGAAGUCUGGCUUCUUCACAAGCCUUCGUUGUUCCAACAUGUCGGAACUCAUUCGUCUCUUGCCGGAAAGGUGCAGAACUUGAAAGAUAAGGGAUUCGGAAAGGUUGAGUUGCAUAAACCGCACAAGAAUCCGCCUGCGACGGUUAAUUCGGACUUGAAAGAAUAUCACAAUUACAAGCUUCAGAGAGCGUAUCUGGGCGAAACAUACUUUUGGGGUCUUCUUCCGCAGCCUGGUGAUGCUCUCACUUUCACCUUCACUCCGCCGUUGCGAAUACAAAAGUAUGUUUUGAGAAGUGGGAACAACGAGCAUCCACUUGAUCGGUUCUACAAUACCACCGUGGAAGUUCUUCCCGUCGGUGUGCCAGAAAAUGUUUCAAGUGUCUUUCCCAAGCUUUCGGAUGGGUUCUUGGUUGUUGGUCGAUUUAAUGACCAGGGCAUUGCAGAAGGAAACCAAACCAAGGAGCUAGGAAAAAUCGAGAAAAUUCGUUUGACUGUUCACGCAGAAAGCGAUAAAUGGGCUAUUUUGAGUGAGAUAUGGUUUGAAGAACUGAAGCGAUGACCCAGUCCAAGACUUGAAAACUGUGUGGUGGUUGCUGAAUAUCCGUUGAUACUCGCUGUCGAUGAUGAUGUGUCCGAAGAUGCUUUCAUGGAGAUCGGUUGUUCAAUUCUAUUUUUUUGUUUUCAAAUUUUACCGCCGGACGAGUUCGUGAAAUGAAGCUAGUCGCGACGAAACCAGAUAAACACGAGGAAAGAUUUAUAAAACUAAUUUUUCUUUUUGGUUUUUUUCAACACUUUCAGGGAAAGAUAGCAAAACGUGUUCUAGAACAGGCUCUUGUUUUUUUAAUCCCACGAAUGGGUGCAUUUCGCUUGAAGAACCUCGUCUGUGGUGGUGAUUUUGAAUUCGUGGCCAUCGGUGAUGUAUUUUUUUGCAGGUAUUAAUGAUCAUUUCGUUCGGUACAAGACACCUUUUUUUCUUUCUUAACUAGGUUUAGAUUCGCAUUCCAGUUCUUCUAUUUUGAUGUAGAUUAGAUCUGGUGUGGCAUGUUUCGAUAUAUAUCUGGAGUGAGAUUUUAGGAUUUCGAAAACUCACAAUUCUUCCAAAACGUUGGAAAAAUGAUGGUUGAUGGGAAGGUCUAUUCAAUUCUCCGUCCGUGUUCAGGCACUUCUGAGGUGUAUUUUGAAUUGUUGGGGAAGUGAGGAUUUGGCUCAAAUUAGGAGUAUUUCUGGGGAUGGAUUUUUAUUUUUGCGAUGAUUAUUUCUGCAAUGUCUUGAACUGAAAUCAGUGAAUCGUCUUGAAAGCACCCUUUUUUUCGUUGUGAAAAACUCAUUCCUAAGAAUAACCCCCUUUUUUUUACUUUCGUUGUUGUUCGACUGAUCGUAGUCUUUUUCCAUAUUUUUCUGGAUUCCUCUGCUUCCAAGAAAGUAAAGGCAUUCGUUAGAUGCUUUAAGGAAGUGCUCGAACCUUGCAAAACUAUUUUAUCUUGCCAUGACCUCGUCUAUGUCGUUUAAUAGCCAUUGUUUUCUUCGCUGUGCUGAUGAAACGAUUUUUUUUGGUGGUGAGCUUGAGAUGCAAUACGUUUGUCUUACUGUGAAGAA